UUUAUAUAUAACUUAAGUAUAUUUACAAGGUCACAGACAGUUACGAUGAUACGUAUAGACAUUUACAAUAGUAAAUCACCUCAGCACAGACAAAGCUGACCUACAGACAAGUUUUGACGCAAGCAAAAACUGCUAUACCAUGGAACCUUGCAAUCAGUGGGAAAACAAGACCAGUAAACAAGUUCGGGAAGAAUUCAAGGCUAUCAAACUUGAGUAUCAGAACAUAAAAGUAGACAUUAAGCCUGGAAAUUAUACCUGCUGCUUGUUUCUGCCAAACUCUGAUAUUGCCUUUGCUAAUCAUAUGGAUGAUGUUGUGUUGAUUUAUAAAAUAGACGGAACUCUCAGCGCAAGUAUUUCGAUAGAAACGCCAUUUGCCAUUACUUCCAUCGACGAUGAAACUAUUGCUGUAACUGGAGGCAACACUCGUCUUAUUUCCAUAAUCAGUUUGUCUAGUAACAGUGUAGUCAAAACCAUAAAAACUGAAGAGACUGGGUGUUGGGGCAUAACUUACUAUGAUGGCUUCCUUUACUUUGUGGUUGAAUGGAAAUGUAUCUUUACUUUAAAUCUAUCCAAUGAUAACCAAAAAAGGUUAAACUAUUUAAAUGAUAAACACUACAAUAGUCAUUGCAGGUCCCAUCUCACCUCUUUUGGCAACAGACUAUGCUAUACCUCAAAUGAAAAUGCAGAUGUCGUGGUUCUUAAGAUAAAUCCGGAUAAAGAAUCUGCAGAGAAAGUAUACCAGGUGUACGAGCCUGAUGUAAUAAAUGACCAAGGACAGUGCACAAUGGAUGAAGACAGACAUGUAUAUGUUGUUAGCCCAGAACUACGUCAGGUGAUAUUAGUAUCUGCACAAGCUGGUUAUACAUGUUCAUAUGACAACUGUCGCAAGUUAUUAGGCAAAGAUGACGGGCUUAUUUAUCCGAGUGCUAUUGAUUAUGACAGAAAAACAAAACGAUUUAUGAUAGUAAACUUAUUAUCAGAUGAUGACGGACCACUAAGUCCAUAUUUUAUGAUCUUCAAGAAGGCUAAACCAGAAAAUCAAGCUGAUCAAAAGUCGUGAACAUAUAUUUGUUAUGAUUGUUUGAAUAUUUACCCUAAUUGUUCUUCUGUUUGGACAUGACAAAGCAUCGCCUCACUAUAAGAAAACAAAUACUUUUUACUAUUGUUUGAGAAACUAUGAAGAGUUCGUGAAAGUUAUAUUUGAUCUGAGGAUAUUUCGGAUUAUUUUCAUAUUACUUAAUGUGGCGUAACAAAACAUUGAUCAUGUUUGGA